AUGACCAUACAUAGAGUCUACGUCAACACAGGGAGUUCUGCAAACAUAAUUUAUGAGCACUGUUUUCGGUUUCUCCCAGAUCGUUGGAAAGACAACCUGAGACCCACGGCGUGGAGACUGGUUGGAUUCACCUGCCACAGCCUGUGGCCGCUGGGCACGAUUCACCUCCCCCUGACGAUAACCAUCCAUGAUAAACAACGGAAGAAGAUAGUCCUAAUCGACUUCGUAGUCAUUCGGCAUCCGACAAAGCACAACAUCAUCUUGGGAAGAAUGGCCCUCCUAAAGCUAGGAGCUGUCCCAUCAACCAUGCAUGGAAUCCUGAAAUUCGACACUUCGGCAGGCUUAGCCACAGUAAUUGCCACCCUGACCAGGGAUCUGCAAUGCUUUACGGUCAUGAAGCCAGCAGAGAUGACUAAAGAAACAAAGAAGCCGCGACAAGACCUGAAAAAAGGGAAGGAAGUAAUCAAUGAAAGAUACCCUGAUCAACCGAUCAGCAUUGGUCACGACCGCCCAUGUCAUGUAAGAGAAGCAGUAGUCGACCUACUUAAGUGA